UCCAACGUUAUUCAUUCGCCACCAACAAUUUAAUAGUGACACCACAGCAACAACAAAUUUCAGAGAAUGAAAUAUGGUUGGUCUUGGUGUAGUUCUGGAAGAAGCUGAAUCGACGAAAAACCACACUAUCAACAACAACAACAAUAAUAACAGUCUUCAAGUUAUUAACAAAACUACCAUGAUGCUUGGCACAACCAAAACCAACAACAAACGUUCCAAUCCGUUUAAGGUUUCAUCUUUUCUUAACCAAUGUUUCCUAUGUAACAAGAAACUCUUGCCUGAAAAAGAUAUCUACAUGUACAAAGGAGACAGAGCCUUUUGUAGUGUGGAUUGUAGGUGCAAGCACAUUUUAACAGACGAGGAAGAAGCUAUUGAGAAACAGAAAUGUUCUUAGGAUUCUUAGAGUUUUUUUUUUUUUUAAUAAAUUGGUGAAUUUUUUGUUUUGGGAAAUUAUGUUAUUCCAGUUUUACCCCUGGUUUAAUUUUGUAAUGACCUUAUGAUCCUUUGUUAUUUAUUUUGCUUCCUAGUAUGAAGCCAAAGUAUCCUUUCAGCUUUUAAUUAUUUUUGGGUCCAUCUAUUGUAAGAUGAGGGGCUUUCUCUAUGAUGGUGGUGGUUCUUGACUUCUUUCUUGCUAUGCUUUUAACUCUUCUUUAGGUCUAGUUAUGCUUUCACUUUUUUUAGUACAAUUUAUGCUUUUACUUUAUUGUCUAAAAAUCAUAGAGAAAUGUUGGUUUUAUAGUGUUUUUAUUUA